UUUAAUGCGGUGGGAGUGGCUGCAUUGAUGCCUACUGCAUGUAAAAGCUUCUGCCUCUCUUUCCUCUCCCGCACUCAAGCUCAUGUGCACGUGUCUGAUGCGUGAGCUUGAACGCUCAUCAACAAUUGUCGGCCAUCAUUUUUCUACUCUUCCUCAACCUUCGUUGGAUGUGUAUGUAAACCCAGACGGGGUUGGUAAAUUGCUGUUUGUCGUGGAUACAUGUGGAUAGUCUGGAUUCUAGUGGAUUCAAGUUAACUGUUGUGGAUGUUUCCUUCCUCCGUGGGAUGAUGGGAUGUUGAUCACCAUAUUACCGGGAGUUUAACGAUGGGAUGGUGACUGGAAUUCAAGCUGUUGACUCCUUGGUUCAUUUUGUCUCGUCAUCUGUGGAUGUACUGUGUUGUGGAUGUUAUUAACCGGCUAAGGUGUUGAGCUUGGAUAUAUUAGUGGACUGUUGAAUUGUUGGAUUUAGUUGAUUGAUUGAGGCGACAGAAUGAGUACCUCACCCCUUGUUGCUGAGGAGGAUUUUGACUUUGAUGUGGCAAGCAUCCGAAAGAAGGAAAAUGCUGACGGGGCUCCGCCGGCCAAGCCGGAGAAACCAGAGAAACUUAUGGCAGACAACACUCCGUCACCGGACGAGGCACAGACAUCAGUGCAAUCAGAUGGUAAUGCCAGCUUCUUAAGAGCAGCAAGAGCUGGCAACCUAGAGAAGGUCUUGGACUACUUGAAGGGCAGCACAGACAUCAACACCAGUAAUGCGAAUGGUUUGAAUGCUCUUCAUCUGAGCUCCAAAGAAGGACACCUGAACAUCGUCAAGGAAUUAUUGAAGAGAGGAGCUAAUGUUGACGCCGCCACCAAGAAAGGGAACACCGCCCUGCACAUCGCCUCAUUGGCCGGUCAACAGCCAAUUGUGAAGGCCCUAGUGGACCAUGGCGCCAACGUCAAUGUUCAGUCUCAGAGCGGCUUCACUCCGCUGUACAUGGCCGCCCAGGAGAACCAUGAGGAGGUCGUCAAAUAUCUACUGAACAAUAACGCCAACCAGAACCUUGCGACGGAGGGCGGAUUCGUUCCGCUCGAGGUCGCCACCCAGCAGGGCCAUUAUAAAAUCGUGGAAACGCUUUUGCAACACCAAUCGCGGCCCAAGUACCCUCCGAAGCAGGAGGAUGGCUACACGCCCCUCGCAGUUGCUCUACAACAAGGACAUGACAAGGUCGUCGCAGUCUUGCUGGAGAAUGAUCGGGCAGGGAAGACCCGUCUACCCGCCCUGCACAUCUGCUCUCGCCGCGACGACACCAAAGCCGCCCUGCUGCUGCUGCAGAGCGGACAUAACCCAGACAUCACAUCAAAGAGUGGAUUCACCCCUCUCCACAUCGCAGCCCACUACGGUCACGUCAACGUAGCCACCCUUCUCCUGCAAAGGGGCGCGUCGGUUGACCAUGCAGCCAGAAAUAACAUCACGCCAUUGCAUGUCGCUGCUAAGUGGGGCCGCGUCAACAUGGUCAACACCCUGCUUGAUCGAGGAGCUAGAAUCGAUGCCAAGACUAGGGAUGGACUGACACCACUUCACUGCUCUGCCCGUAGCGGUCAUGAUCAAUGCGUUGACCAGCUCCUUGAGAGGGGCGCACCAAUCUCUGCCAAGACCAAGAAUGGACUGGCGCCCCUGCACAUGGCAGCCCAAGGUGACCAUGUAGACAGUGCUCGUCUUCUACUCUACCACAAGGCCCCAGUGGACGACGUGACCGUGGACUAUCUGACCCCACUCCACGUGGCCGGUCAUUGUGGUCACCACCGUGUGGCCAAACUACUGCUGGACAGAAAGGCCAACCCAAGUGCCCGAGCUCUGAAUGGAUUCACCCCGCUCCACAUCGCCUGUAAGAAGAACCGCGUCAAGGUGAUUGAGCUGCUUCUAAAGUAUGGCGCUUCCAUUCAUGCAACAACAGAGUCUGGACUGACUCCACUUCAUGUGUCUGCUUUCAUGGGCAACAUUAACAUCGUUGGCUACCUGAUCAACCAUGGCGCUAGUGUGGACGAAACCAAUGUGCGUGGUGAGACUGCCCUCCAUCUCGCAGCUCGCGCAAACCAAAUCGACAUUAUCCGCGUCCUUCUACGCAACGGUGCCAAGGUGGACGCCAAGGCUACUGAGAACCAGACCCCUCUGCACAUCGCCGCCCGCCUGGGCAACGUGGAGAUCGUCACCCUGCUGCUAGAGAAUGGUGCGUCCCCCGAUGCGCAGACGCGAGAUCACUACACAGCGCUUCACAUCGCUUCUAGGGAGGGGAUGGAGGAUGUUGCAGCCGUCUUAUUGGAGCACGGCGCGUCCCUGUCAAUGCAGACAAAGAAAGAGUUUACUCCGCUGCACGUAGCUGCUAAGUACGGACGCCUUGGUGUGGCUUCCCUACUAUUGAGAAACUAUGCAUCGCCUGACGCUACAGCACAGAAUGGCUUGACACCUCUGCACAUUGCAGCCCAUUAUGACAAUCCAGACGUUGCUAUGCUCCUGCUUGACCAGGGUGCAUCACCACACACUGUGGCACAGAACGGUUUCACUCCUCUCCACAUUGCUGCCAAGAAGAACCAGCUUGACGUGGCCACCACCCUGCUAGAGUACGGUGCUGAUUCCAACUCCAUGACCAAGCAGGGUAUCAGCCCAAUCCAUCUGGCUGCUCAGGAGGGUCACACUGACAUGCUGUCCCUACUGCUGGAACGUGGUGCUAAGCCAGACAUCGCUGCUAAGAACGGCUUGACACCCCUCCAUCUGGCUGCCCAAGAGGACCAGCUUGACUGCGCCAAAAUCCUGGUUAAGAACGGCUCUGGAAUCGACCCACGUACCAAGGCUGGUUACACCCCGCUCCACGUGGCUUGCCAUCACGGCAACCUGAAGACUGCUGCCUAUCUCCUGCAGAAUGGUGCUGGUAUCCAGGAAAAGACUAAGCAUGGACUGACUCCUCUUCAUCAAGCCUCCCAGCAGGGUCAUGUAGCCAUCAUUAAUCUCCUGCUGACCAAAGGUGCUGACCCUAAUGAGACAGCCAACAAUGGCUACACUGCCUUGGCAAUCGCAAAGAGGUUUGGCUACAUCUCUGUUGUCAACACUCUAACAACUGUCACAACUGUGGAGACUACCAUUGUUACUUCACCAACCGAUGAGAAGUUGAAAGUUCAAGUUCCAGAGACCAUGAUCAUCUCAUUCAUGUCGGACAACGAGGACGAAGAAUUAGGCAGCCCUGCUGAUGACAUCUCAAUGACUGGAGACAACUCGCUCCUGACUCCUCAAGAGAUCAAGACGAUGGGCGAUGACUCAAUGCCCAUCGCAAACCGCAAAUCAUGGGAAGAGGAAUGGAUGUCCGGGGAACCGAACCUGAGAUACUACUCCGGCAGUGACUCCCUCUCCGGCCGCUACAACACCCCCCAGGGUGGUAAAUACCGCAGCGCCAUGCUCAGCCCCCAAGGCUACAGCACCAUCGACUCUCGCGUCAGCACCCUCAGCCGAGAAAUCCCACUCAGUGAGGCGGAGGAGAGCUUCGCAGACAACGGCGAGGUCAUCAUGCGCUCAACGGAGGUCACCGUAGAGCAUGCCGCACCGCUUAUGUCCUCCAGUCCGGCGGUCCGCAACUCGUUCGUGACUACCCCAGAGGGGAAGAGAGUGUCCGUGGGCGACCCGUACAUGGAUGAUGACGGCAAGCUGAUUACCGGGAUGGUGUACGGACAGAAUGGACGCCCAAUUUCAGCCGCGCUGAGCGACAACGCUCCGAUAAACAGUGUACCAAUAUUUGCCGGCUUCCUGAUCAGUUUCAUGGUGGAUGCCCGUGGGGGAACCAUGAAAAGCUGCCGUCUACCGGGCCUUCGCGUGGUCAUCCCGCCCAAACGUGCCUCCGGACCCACCCGCGUCACGUGCCGACUGAUCAAGAAGAGCAAGCUGACCACGCCACCGCCUCUCCUGGAGAACGAGUCUCUGGCAACGCGUGUCUGUGAGAUCGGUCCAUCCAACACGCAGUUCCUCGGUGGCUUGGGCAACAAACUCGUUCAUUGCCCACCCCUGAAUGAUGGCGAGCAACUUGUUAGCGGUAUAAUGGAGUUUGGGCCUCCCGCCGAAAAGUUCAUAGGUCCCGUUCUGAUCGAGGUUCCACACUUCGCAUCGUUGAGGGGCAAGGAGCGAGAGAUCGUCAUCUUGAGAAGCGAGAAGGGUGACACAUGGAAGGAGCACUCCCUGGAUGCUAAGGACACCGAGGUCCACAAGGCUCUGGAAGGUUAUGAAGGAGAUGCAGAUGACAACAAUUUGAACUCUGACCGACGUCUGUGUCGCAUCGUCACCAAUGACUUCCCACAGUACUUUGCAAUCAUCUCCCGCGUUCGGCAGGAGACCAACACCAUCGGGACUAGCGGAGGAAUGCUGAGCUCCACCGUGGUCCCUCAGGUCCAGGCCGUAUUCCCUGAAGGGACUCUGACUAAGAAGAUUAAAGUGGGUCUCCAGGCCCAGCCGGUCAGCAACGAGGUAGUCAAGAAGGUACUGGGCAACCGCGUGAUGGUCAGCCCCAUCGUGACCAUCGAGCCCCGACGUCGUAAGUUCCACAAGGCGAUCACGGUGACCAUACCCAUCCCGAACAACCAAGGCAUCAUCAAUGGUUACGGAGGGGACACCCCUACUCUGAGACUCCUCUGCAGUAUAACAGGUGGUACAUCACCUGCUCAAUGGGAAGACAUCACAGGCACGACCCCUCUUACAUUUGUGGAUAACUGUGUCUCAUUCACUACAACUGUCUCAGCCAGAUUCUGGUUGAUGGACUGCAAGGAGAUCGACCAGGCGGGUAACUUUGCCCGAGAGCUUUACCAUGAGCUGAAGGCUGUACCUUUCAUGGCCAAGUUUGCCAUCUACGCCAAGACCCACGAUCCCAUCGAGUCUCGCAUCAGAGUCUUCUGUGUGACAGACGACAGGACGGAUAAGACUCUAGAGCAGCAGGAGCAGUUCAAGGAGGUAGCAAGGAGCAAGGACGUUGAGGCUCUAGAAGGCAAGCCAAUCUUCAUCGAGAUGGCCGGCAACCUGGUCCCCGUCCAGAAGUCAGGGGACCAGCUUCACCUCAUGUUCUCUCCCUUCCACGAGAACCGGUUACCGUUCUUCGUGCGAGUGCGGGACUCGGCAACGGAGCCCUGCGGUCGCCUCUCCUUCAUGCAGGAGCCCAAGGUCUCCAGGGGGAUGCCACCUCAGAAAGCUCUGUGCAACCUGAAUGUAACUAUGCCACCCUUCGUCAAGGUCAAACGGCAGAGCGAAAGCGAAUCGGAGAGUGAUAGCAGUGAGGAGGAGUACAAAAUGGAGAAAGGGCAGAGGGAACAGUAUUCCCAGCAAAAAGAAGGAAAAACUACCAUCACACAGAUCUACUCACUCACUCGUGUGGAUGAGUACCCUAAGGAUGAAGCCGCCAGCAAUCUUAACUUUGCAUCCAUCAAGUUACGCAAGAGGUAUACAUUCCUUCAGGACCCUACAAUGAGCCCGAGAAGUUCCCAUGCUAGGGCAGAGAUCCGCCUGAUGCAGGUCGCCAAGGAGAUUGGUACCGACUGGCGGGCGCUCGGCCGUACCCUCGGGGUCAGCGAAUCCGACCUCCAAGAGAUUGAGAAUGAGAAUGAUGAGAUUGAAGAGCAAGCCUUCGUCAUGCUCCACACGUGGGCAGAGAAGGCAAAGGAAGAUGCAACAACCGACAAACUUGCAGAUGCACUAAAUUCAAUUGGCCGUAGAGACAUCGUGGAGAAGUGUCUAGAAGAGUACGCAGUAAUGGACGUCUCGAUCGAUCAUCCUGAAGAAGACCCAUCAGACUUCCUCAGGGACAUGGAGAAGGCCAUGUACAAGGCAGGCCAAGAUCAUGAUGAGGACAGAAGCAGGCCAUCAGGAAUCACCAUUGACAUCACAGGGGAGGAUGGAGGAGCGUUCCAAGAGUUGCAGCAGGAACUCGAGGCUGAUAAGGAUGUAGACAUUUACAGUCCUAACAGAUCAGUCGUUACUGAGGUGCACCGUACUACAAUCACAACAAGAACUGAGACGCGUGUUCCUUCUGAUAUUGAGAAUGCCGUCAAGGAACAAGCUAAAGACGAAGUCGCAGAGAGUUUGAUCAAGGAGUUGAAGGAAGAAGCGAUUGCUGCAGGAAUCCCUGAGGAUGCCGGUGCGGCUGAGCUUUAUGAGGAGAUGAAGGAGGAGAUACUUGAGAAACAUGAAGAGGAGAGACGGGAGAUGCAGUUUGAACCCACAGUGGACGUCCUGGAAGAAAGCCAAGAGGAAGACAGACAAACACCCACUGAAACCAAGGCUAUACCAGGAGACACAAGUCAAACAUUCUCAACCCGAACGGUUGUACGAACCACAACUCAGGUACGGACCCAAGUUGUGACCGAUACCCAGAAGGACAAACCUCUCGAGUCCGAGUCCGAAUCCUCGGCCGAGACGGAGAUAUUCGUCGGUACUGAUGAAGCGGCGAAGACUGAACCCGCAACUCCGGAGAAGCAUGAGUUUUUGUACACUGAGAAACACGCCCCAGUCAGGAUUGAAGUGGAGGAAGCUCCAGAUCGUACUUCUGACUCUGACGUUGACGAGUACAUCGUGGUGACCAGUCCACCAAUUGAGAUUAUUAGCUCCACAAAGACGACAGAGGAGGAAGGGAUAAACCCUCACUAUGAAGCAGGACCUGAAUCCAUCAAUGAAGAUGUCGUGACAGCCGAUUCAAGACCAGAUGAAGAAGGUAUUAACCCCUACUAUGAGAUGCAACCCGACUCAGUCGAGGAGCCUGAGAUCUCAACCACCUUCGAGUCGACCGUCCAAGGCAUCAACCCAGACCUGAUCUGUGAUCCAGAACCUCUUGACGACUCAUCCCGAAUCUGUGGCCCGGAUCUCACAGACAACAAGUACACCGUGAACCACGGUGCUCAGGCCUUUGACGAGAGCCCGGUUUCGCCGUACGAACGCGAAGUCGGCAUCACCACGUUUUCCACUUAUCACCAAGUGACCGUCCGCACUGGUCUGGAGUCUAGUCCGGAGACUGACCGCUCGGAGUCGGACUUUCCACAUGGUCCGUCGUCUGAGGUGACCAUCGCGACGACGCAACCUGGGAGACAAGCCACUACACCUCUGGAAUGUUAUUCAGAGGAAAUCCAAGCUGACCUCCAGGAUGAUCAUGUAGAGGACUCACAGGAGAGAGUGGUUGAACAGGUGGAACAGAAAGAGCCCCAGAGAGGAGGGGAGAGCCUCCAGGAAGCCCCCCUGCCAGAAGAGGAACUUCCCAUUGAGCAUUCUACAUCACCAGAACCAGACAUCUAUGGUACAUCUACAUACCAUGAAGAAACGGUGACCACGACCACUACUAAGGUUACUAGGACUGUUCAGAUCGGAGAAGAAAUUUUUGACACUUCUGAUUCAUCAACAUCUACAGUUGUUACUGAAAUCAGAGAUGCUCCUGUUGAAUUCCAUGACAUUCAACAAGAAAGGGUAGUUGUGGAAGAGGUUGAGCAGGAAGAACAGCCCAAAGAGGAGGAGAUUCCUGAGAAUGAACCAGUUCUAGAGGAGAGGGAGAAAGAAGAAGAGGAUGUCAAGGAAACUUUUGAACCACAUGAGGAAAUGGCAGAAGAGUCUCCUCGAGAGGAACCGACAGAGCAAGAAGAGGAAAUAAUAGAACAAACUGAGGAGAUAGAAGAAGAGAUUCCUGAAGAAGACACAGCACUGGAUGCUACAGGGGGAGACAUGUCAGUGCAGACAACUGUUCAUAAAACGGAAACCAUUGUGCACAAAGAAGUUGUUACUGUAAUAACAACUGGAGACCAAGCUUUUGAGGGAGAAGCUCUUCUCAAGGAAAUGCCAGAAAAGGAUGUCAAAGAGGAACCUGAAGUGGAAUCUCUGUCUUCGGAAGAGGAAAUACUUGUGGAAGAAGAACCAAUUCCUGUGGAAGAAGAACCACUUUUUGAAACAGAACCCAUUCCUAUGGUAGAGAAAAAAGUUGUGGAAGAAGAACCCAUUUUUGUGGAAGAGGAACCAUUUCUGGAAGAAGAACCACUUCCUGUGGAAGAGGAACCACUUGUUGAAGAAGGCCCAAUUCCUGGAGAAGAGGAAAAAGUUGUUGAAGAAGAACCUCUUCCUGUGAAAGAGGAACCACUUGUUGAAGAAGAACCAAUUCCUGUGGAAGAGGAACCACUUGUUGAAGAAGAACCUAGUCCUGUGGAAGAGGAAAAUGUUGAAGAAGAACCUGUGGAGGAUGUUCCACAAUUUAUUCCUGAAGAAGAAGUUAAACAGGAAGUUCAUACUGAAACCCAUGUGAGUAUUCAGCAGACUGUUGUUCAGACUACCAUUGUUCAGGAACAGAUUCGGGAUGUAUCAGAAGAAGUACAAAUGCAGGAGGAAAUUCAAGAGGAGGUUGAAGAAAAUGUUCAAAUAGAAGCGGAGCCUGUUCAGGAGGAAGAAGAAGAACCUGAAACGGAAGUUGAGCCAGAGCCUGUUGAGGAGAAACGAGAGCCUGAAGAGGAAGUUGCUCAAGUAGAAGCAGAGCCUUUUCAGGAAGAACAAGAAGAGCCUGAAGAGGAAACUGCUGAAUUUGAGUGCGAGCUGAUGCAGGAGGAAGAAGAGCCUGGAGAAGAAACUGCUGAAGUUGAGCCUGAGCCAAUUCGAGAAGAACCAGAGCAUGUUCAAGAAGAACCUGUGGAAGAACCAGAGGAGGUUCCUCCAGAGGUGGAGGAUGUUGCACAAUUUAUUCCUGAAGAAGAAGUUAAACAGGAAGUUCAUACUGAAACCCAUGUGAGUAUUCAGCAGACUGUUGUUCAGACUACCAUUGUUCAGGAACAGAUUCGGGAUGUAUCAGAAGAAGUACAAAUGCAGGAGGAAAUUCAAGAGGAGGUUGAAGAAAAUGUUCAAAUAGAAGCGGAGCCUGUUCAGGAGGAAGAAGAAGAACCUGAAACGGAAGUUGAGCCAGAGCCUGUUGAGGAGAAACAAGAGCCUGAAGAGGAAGUUGCUCAAGUAGAAGCAGAGCCUGUUCUAGAAGAACAAGUAGAGUCUGAAGAGAAAAGUGCUGACUUUGAGUGCGAGCUGAUGCAGGAGGAAGAAGAGCCUGGAGAAGAAACUGCUGAAGUUCAGCCUGAGCCAAUUCGAGAAGAACCAGAGCAUGUUCAGGAAGAACCUCAAGAGGCUGAAGAAGAGCCCAUUCCUAUGGUAGAGGAAACGGUAGAAAAAGAACAAGAGGAGGUUCUUCCAGAGGUGGAGGAUGUUGCACAAUUUACUCCUGAAGAAGAAGUUAAACAGGAAGUUCAUACUGAAACCCAUGUGAGUAUUCAGCAGACUGUUGUUCAGACUACCAUUGUUCAUGAACAAAUUCGGGACGGGUCAGACGAAGUACAAAUGCAGGAGCAAAUACCACAGCAGCUUGAACCUGAGGAAAUUGAAGUGGAGGUUGAGGAUGAAGGCAAGCCUGCAGAAGAAGUUGCUCAAAUAGAAACGGAGCCUGUUCAGGAGACUGAAGAAGAACCUGAAAGGGAAGUUGCUGAAGUUGAGCCAGAGCCACUUCAGGAAGAACAAGAGGAGCCUGAACAGGAAGUUACUGAAUGUGAGCCUGAGCCGAUGCAGGAGGAAGAAGAGCCUGAAGAGGAAAUUGCUGAAGUUGAGCCUGAGCCAAUUCAAGAAGAACAAGUAGAGCCUGAAGAGGAGGUUCUUCCAGAGGUGGAGGAUGUUGCACAAUUUACUCCUGAAGAAGAAGUUAAACAGGAAGUUCAUACUGAAACCCAUGUGAGUAUUCAGCAGACUGUUGUUCAAACUACCAUUGUUCAUGAACAAAUUCGGGACGGGUCAGACGAAGUACAAAUGCAGGAGCAAAUACCACAGCAGCUUGAACCUGAGGAAAUUGAAGUGGAGGUUGAGGAUGAAGGCAAGCCUGCAGAAGAAGUUGCUCAAAUAGAAACGGAGCCUGUUCAGGAGGAUGAAGAAGAACCUGAAAGGGAAGUUGCUGAAGUUGAGCCAGAGCCACUUCAGGAAGAACAAGAGGAGCCUGAACAGGAAGUUACUGAAUGUGAGCCUGAGCCGAUGCAGGAGGACGAAGAGCCUGAAGAGGAAAUUGCUGAAGUUGAGCCGGGGCCAAUUCAAGAAGAACAAGUAGAGCCUGAAGAGGAGGUUCUUCCAGAGGUGGAGGAUGUUGCACAAUUUAUUCCUGAAGAAGAAGAAGUUAAACAGGAAGUUCAUACUGAAACCCAUGUGAGUAUUCAGCAGACUGUUGUUCAGACUACCAUUGUUCGUGAACAAAUUCGGGACGAGUCAGACGAAGUACAAAUGCAGGAGCAAAUACCACAGCAGCUUGAACCUGAGGAAAUUGAAGUGGAGGUUGAGGAUGAAGGCAAGCCUGCAGAAGAAGUUGCUCAAAUAGAAACGGAGCCUGUUCAGGAGGAUGAAGAAGAACCUGAAAGAGAAGUUGCUGAAGUUAAGCCAGAGCCACUUCAGGAAGAACAAGAGGAGCCUGAACAGGAAGUUACUGAAUGUGAGCCUGAGCCGAUGCAGGAGGACGAAGAGCCUGAAGAGGAAAUUGCUGAAGUUGAGCCUGGGCCAAUUCAAGAAGAACAAGUAGAGCCUGAAGAGGAGGUUCUUCCAGAGGUAGAGGAUGUUGCACAAUUUAUUCCUGAAGAAGAAGUUAAACAGGAAGUUCAUUCUGAAACCCAUGUGAGUAUUCAGCAGACUGUUGUUCAGACUACCAUUGUUCGUGAACAAAUCCGGGAUGUGUCAGACGAAAUACAAAUGCAGGAGCAAAUACCACAGCAGCUUGAACCCCAGGAAAUUCAAGUGGAGGUUAAGGAGGAGCCUGAAGAGGAAGUUGCUGAAGUUGAGCCUGAGCCAAUUCAAGAAGAACAAGAAGAGCCUGAAGAGGAAGUUCAGCCUGAGCCUAUUCGGGAGGAAGAAUCACCUGAACAACUUCAUGACAUUGCACCUGAGCAUGAAGAGGUUGAAGUUGAACAUAAACCUGAGCAUGUUCAGGAAGAACCAGAAGAGGGUGAAGAAAUAGCAGACAGAACAACAGUCAUCCAUACGGUAGUGCAGCAUACCAUUGUUCAGUCUUCUGUUUCUGCCCAACAAAGUAUGCCUGUUGUGUUUGUAGCUCCUGUCAAGAUUGCUGAGCCCUGUGAAGAACUUGAAGAUGAACCUGUUGAGACUGUUGAACAAGAAGAGCCUGAGGAGGAAGUUGCUGAAGUUGAACCAGAGCCUGUUGAGGAAGAACAAGAAGAGCGUAUAGUUGAACCAGAAAUUGUUCAGGAGGACGAAGAAGAACCUGAACAGGAAUUAAUUGAAAUUGAGCAUGAGAUUGUUGAGACUGUUGAACAAGAAGAGCCUGAAGAGGAAGUUCCUAAUCAGGAGGAAGAACAGCCAAGAGAGGUAGUUGUGGAAGUGGAACUUGAGCCCUAUCAGGAAGAGGAAGAGGAGCCUGUUCAGGUGAAACAGGAAGAAGAGGAAGAAAUAGCAGACACAAGACAAAUUAUUCACACAGAGUCGCACACAGUGGUACAGCAUACCAUUGUUCAGUCCUCUGUUUCAGUCCAACACUCUAUGCCAGAAGAGUUGGAAGCUCCUGAAUUGAUUGCUGAGCCAGUUGAGGAGAUUGAACAAGAACAAGAACAAAUCACAGAAGACCUUCAGGAGGAGCUAGUGGAAGAAGACACUGAAGAUAUUGAAGAAGAAACAGAGGAAGGCAGAAGAGAAAUUGUCCACACUGAAACCCACACUGUUGUGAAGCAGACCAUCAUUCAUUCUGUGGUUCACCAAGAGCCACCAGCAGGUUUUGAGGCUGCACCAGAAGACGAACAAAAUCUUCUUGAAGAUACAGAACAACCUGAAGAAGUGAUUGAAGAACCAGUUAUUGAAGAGCCAGAUGAAACAGAAGCUUUUUUGGAGGAACAAGUUGAACCUGUUGAGUCAGCUGAAACAGAAAAGGAAUAUGAACAGGAGGUUCCAGAACAAGAAGAGCUUGAAAAACUUGUUGAACAGGUUGAAGAAAGAGAGCCUGAAGAAGAUAGCCCAGAAGAGGCUGAAAUUGUUGAACCUGUUGUGGAAGAAGUCCCGGUUUCAAGUGACCAGGAUAUGGAGGAAAAAGUUGAGGAAGCUUUUGAGAUUGUAGACAUAGAAACAGAAGAAGCAGAAGUUCCAGAUCGGCUUGCGGAGCCAACAGUUGAUCAAUCUGAAGAACUUACAGAGUACAAAGACAAGAUGUUAACAGAGUCAACCAUCCAAUCAGUCACUCGCACUAUAGUACAGCAGACCAUUAUUCAGUCAACUGUUCAGAGGGCAGCUGAAUUGGAGUCGGAACAGGCUCCUGAGUCAGAUGAAGCUUUGUUGGAAGAACCAUUUGAGAUGGUGGACAUGAGAGAUAUUCAAGAACAAGAUGGGGAACAAGAAGAAAUUUCGCAAACUGUAGAAGACGAUCUUGAGGAUGCACAAAGAGAAGAUGAACCUGUACCAGAAAUGGAACCCAUCGACGACCAAAGAGUGGAAGAGGAGCUGACAUAUGAAGAUGAACCAAAACAAGACAUUCCAGAGGAUUUUCAAGAAGAGCAGGUGCAAGACCAACAAGAGUAUGAGGUGACACCUGAAGAUGCAGCUGAAGCUGAGUUAGGAAUUGCAAGAGAAAUCAGGGUAGUAGAGGAGAGUGUGUCCAUUCAUAGAAAGGUUGUUACUACUACAUCCACCGCGGUAACUGCACAAGAAGAAAAUCAGGAGGUAGAUGAAAGUCGACCAUUGCAAGAAGAGCCCCACCACAUUGAGGGGGAGCCUAUGUUUAGAUAUGAUGUUGACCAAGCAGAGCCAAGAGAAGAUGAAGAAGUUUUGGAAGCAGGGGAGGAUGAAGAGAUUCUUGAAGACAUUCCACGAUCACCAUUUCCACAGUUAGAGGAAACAGAGGACAGUGUAAAAGAAGAGCCAGAUCUUGAAGAGGAGGAUACCCUAGAGGAAAUUGAAGAUGACCAGGAUGAGGAGUAUUCAGCAGAUGGAGCCACAGCAGAAGAUGCCGAUGUAGAAGAUAAUGUUCCUGAGGAUAGACAAGAGGAAACUUCCAAGACUCCUGAGAUUCUUGAUAUCACAGAAUCGUACUCCAGUCAGAGUUAUAGUCAUCUACAGAUCCAACACACCAUGGUUGUUGAGUCUCCUUCCACACCUGAAAUGAUUUCAAGAGCUGAUGACAGUGACAAAGAGGAUGGGAGGCUUAGCCCUAAUAUUGAGACGGAGGAUCGUCGAUCGAGCUUGGAGGUGAUCCAUAUCGAGCAGAAGUAUCUUGUUGAUACCUCUUCUGCUGACCUUCCAGUAGAGCAAGAAAUAAUCCAAGAAACCGAGACUGCAGAAUAUGUUGCCCCUCCAGAAGAUCUGGAGUUGGAUGAAGACAAAAUUGAGGAGGAUGACCUCCCAAAAACUCCAGAAAUCUUUGCCAUUCCCGACUCUCCGAUCGAAUCAGAUGAGGGUCUCACUGAAGCUAGCGGAAUAGCAGAAGAUAUGACCUUGUCAGCUCCACAAGACUUAGAUCUUCAGCAGCACUAUGAAUACUCUGAUACCCUGCAGACUCCAGAAAUUCAAGAACUGCCGGACACACCUGAGUCGCUUCCUGAGCCUCUGGUUGAGCCAAUUUCAAUUCCAGAUGAAGAGAAUCUGGGAGAGGAAGAGGAAGAGACCGUUACAGAGGAACAGGUACAACCAGAAGUUGAGGAAGAAGAGGCUACGAUGGUAGAUGGACCAACUGAGCAACAUUACUAUGACCAAAACCUAGUUGCUGCAGCAGUUAUGGACCAGGUAGCUGAGCAAGAGGAUGUUGAGGACCAGGUAGACGAGCAAGAGCAUGUUGAGGACCAGGUAGCUGAGGAGGAGGAGAUUGAAGAAGUUGAGCUGGACUCUCAGCCCAAAGAGGAAGCUGAAGAAGAACUCCAAGAGGAGGACAUGGCUCAAUCUGCAGAAGAACCUGAGGCUGAGUUGUUUGAGCCCAAGGAAGACCUAGAGCCGUUGACCCCACUUCCUACCCCUGAGGAUGAAGAGAAAUCUUUAGCUCAAGGAACAGAAGUUUUGGAGAGUAGUGAGGUAAAAGCUCGCCUUGAAGAGGAGAUCCGUCAAGAUAACCUGUCAGAAUCAACAACCACUGAGUACUCCUACACUCAAACUACUGUUGUAACUCAACAGUCCACCACUGUCGUCCGGGGUGAACCUGAUGAUGAAGGAGCAGAUUCCAUUUCUCAUCCUGGGCAACCUGAGCCAGUGUCAGGAUCAGAGGUUGAGAUCCAACCUCCUGAAGCUCAUCAGCCACCUCCACACAAGCUUGCCCCUCCUCCCGGUGAAGAGCAAGGAGAGGUAGCUGAUGAAGUAGACAGCCCAACCAAACCAAUAGCAGCUGGAGUUGUAGGCUCUACUGUCAUCACAAGCACUUUUGCCAUGAGCACAAUUGAAUUUUCUGGCUCGGACGAAAUCAGACCUCAAGAGCCUGCAGAAGAUGCAGACAUUGAAUAUGAUUCUGAACCAGAAACUGUCGAGGAUGAUGAAGGGAUGUAUGAAGAAGAAGCUCCAAGAGACGAAGAGAGAGACGUUGCUGAGGCAGAAGAUCAAGAGCAAGAAGACUCUCAAAAGGAAGACGAAAUUGUUGAAGAUGCUGCAUCUCAAGAGAGAUCGGAACCUGAGGAGGCAGUAGAUGAAGGAGAAGUAGAAGAGGAAGGGAUUCAAGAGUUCAAAGAAGAAUCAAUCCAGGAGCAGGAGAUGCAAAAUGAUGAGUUCACUCCUCUUGCUGAUGUCCAAGAGGAAGAUGAGCCACUCUCAGAGGAGGAGAGAGAGUUGGCUCAGCAAGAGGAGCAAUACAUAGUGGAGGAACAGGAAGACAAUGUAGAGAGUAGCUUCACAGAGUCAUCAGAGUUCACCACACGCACAGUCUUUGCGGAGGUCCACAGAGAGAGAGUGGUGGUGUCCAGCACUGCUGAAGCUGUGGAGUCUACACCAGAGGAUCUGGACCAAUCUGAGCCACAACAACCAACAUUUGACCAAUCAGAGCCACCAAUCGAUGAGAGUUUUGAGAGUGAGCUGAGGCCAAGUGAACCUGAAAGACCCAGAGCUUCUCAAGAAGACAUUGAUGCCUUAGCAGCAGCACUUAAUGACUUGCCAGCAUUGAAUGAGGAGCCGGAAGAUGCCCCAAUGCCCGAUGAGCCGGUCAACGGAGAACAAGAAGACGAGUUGUUCAUCCAGGGGCAGAGCCUCAACCUGGAGGAGUCAGCCCCGCCCACACCACGCCAACAAGAGGAUAGGCCUAAGAUCCUGACUCCCAGUGAUGAAGAAGAACUGCAAGAUCUAUGGGACCUGUCUACUAGUAUUCCUGUUGGUGCGACGUCGUCGUCAUCAGACUACACCCCAGCCCAGUCGCAGUCGGUUCCCGUCGUGGAGCUAGCACCGGACUUUAAUCAGUACGACGAGGCAUCACUCUCUGACCGUCAGUCAGAAAGUCCACCCAGCAGUCCUGAAGAGACAGGCCCACGGAUACCUAAAACCCCAGAUAUUACUGACUUGGAUGAAAGUCCAUUUUUCCAAGCGGAUCUACCUAAGAUCCAUACCCUACCAACGGUGGAGUUCCCACCAGAGGGCCAAGAGCCUGUGGAUGAAAAUGGCGAACCCAACAGCACCGUCUCAAAAUCUGUGUCGUCAGACCCUAACGAGGAUGUCCAAGAGAUAGUGGAAGAGUUCGAGGAGACCCUUCCGGACGGGACAAUCCGUAAGGUCACCAAGAAGAGGAUUAUUCGAAGGGUCAUGCAGACUGUAGAGUAUGACCCCAACGAUCCCAACUUUGUCAUGCCACAGGGCGAGCCAGAUGAGGAUGGGGUACACAGAAUCACUGUCCACAAGAAAACGAGUCGUAAGACGACUAUCCGCGACGGUGAGGAGGUCGACGUGACGGAAGACGUCUCAACAAACGUCGAGGAGGACGGGCAAGAAAUAGAAAGCAGCGAACUUAGAGAGGACCUCCAGAAGAUGGUCGACCAGUUCCUCACAGAAGGUGGCGGAACGACGACGGUUGAAGUAACGGAGGAGGCUGAGGAAUCGGAAAUUUAAACUCUCGGAAAUUUUAAAUUUAACUGUUUAUUGUUUUCAUGUUUCUCUAACUCGAGUUUGCCAGAGACUUCUCCGAAAUUCGAGACGAUGAUGGUAAAAGUAACAGAAAAAGCUGAAAAAUUGAAAAUAACGAAGCUUUUGGAAAUUUAAAAUUUAGCUGUCUGUUGUUUUCAUGUUUCUCUUACUCGAGUUUGCCAGAGACUAAUCAGAAAUUUGAGAACUUUUGGAAAAUAAUUGUUUGUAAUCUUCUUCCCUCGAUAGCUACUUUAUUUCAAGUUGUAAGUAGAGGUGCUAUUUUUCCCCCUCCUCUUCUCUUGAGUUUAGUAAAGAUGUAAAAUUGUUGUCGGAACAGAACGCCGGUGUAGCUGUAAUGGAAUUUAAGAAAUGUUUACUGUGACGUUUUGAAGACUGUCUUCUUCGCCACUUUCUUGGGAUUUCGCGGCAGUUUUUUUCUCCUGUUUAGAAUUGCGUCGGAUGAUGCAAGUGUAUUUUAGUGACGUAGAUUUUAGGUUAUUCAGCUGUACAGAUCUGUUGGCUUGUGUAGGUAAUUGUUGCUGCAUAAAAAUAGCCACAUGUUAAAAGUUGAUGUUUCCAAUCGUAGCAAAAAAGGUUAAUGGCUAAUAUUAGCGUUAGGUCAUAGGUCAUGUGGUACUGAGAGGUCAAAGUUCACUGAAGUAUCACUGGUUCUCAAUGAGUGUACCGGUAAAUAGGAAACACUGUCAAUUUAGCUGAGAUUAUGAAUUAAAUAUUCUAGCUGUUGGAAAUUAGGACACAUGCAUGUUUGGUGUCUGACACGACCCAACAUUACUGAUCUUGUAAUGAUGUUAAAAUAUAAAACAUGUAGUUGAUGUUAAACAACGUGGCACAUUAAUGGUGAAAAUUUAUUGUUGAAUGUUACAAAACUGGAGAAUUUCUCGUUGUAAUGUCAGCUAAUGUUGAAUGUUACGUCAAGUAUUUCUGCUUGAUAAGCGAUUUUCGCUCUAUUAAACUUGGUUUUGAAUUCUUAUUUUCUCAGACAUGCAUUGAUAAAAUUGGGAGACCUAUAACAAGAUAAAAACCAACUGGUUCAAAAAUCCUCCUUUUGUGAAAUUUAUUAAUUUUGAUACAUUUACAAAACGUUAUUCCUCAAUAUUCCUCAUUGUGAGUGAAUAUUUUCCAAUUUUUUUCAUGCUUUUGUUUUUUCUGAGGUUUUUUCCCCUCUUAAACUGUUUUGAUGGACAUCUCUAGUCGAUAGUAGUUACUUUAUUCUAUAAUAGACUAAACAAGCGACUGUAGAUUUGGCGUACACUGUAGACUUUAUUUUGCAGUUGAAUGGAAUUCCUUUUACGCAAUUUUUUGAGAUUUUAUAAAAACAGAAUUUGUUGUUUGAAUGAUGUGCCGAAAAGAGUCUGAAAACCAGCAGAUAAUUCUGAUUAGAGUUUGCGUUACAAUUUUAAAGAUGUUUACAAAUAAUUAGACUUUGUUUUUUUGUUUCUGUGGGUUAAAAAAUUUAUAAAGUUGUUAAUGGUUUUCCAGAAAUUUAAUGACCGCGGUGUAAGGUGAAUUUGUAAGGCCAAAUGGCAAAGGCCCUAAAAAAUAGAUAGAUGACGGGGAAAUAAAAAAAUUGAAAUAAAAUGCAUAUAUUGAUGUAGGCGGUACCAAUAUAUUCACCGUGUGCAUUGUCUGAUAUAAAACUGCUAACUGUUUGACUGUGUAGAUCAAACACUGUACGUGCUCAAUGGAUUCCAAAAAGCAGAUACAAUUAUUGCAUGUGUAGUGAAAAGUUUAGAUGCUUUUUUUUUGCACCAUACAAAUAUUCUUGACUGAACGGUUGCAAUUUGUGAUAACUUUACCCUACCAGGGGUGUGUUUUCGCAGUCAUAACCUAUAACGGUUUUGGUGAAAUUGGUUAAUCACUAACCAAUGACCGAAACAGUUUUUGGUUAGAGCCGGGAAAAUGCACCUCAGAGUCUUUUAUAAGAUUCUGAUAAUACCGUAAUAGGCCUAAUGUUUCUAAAGCAUGUUUAAAAUACUUAUUACAAAACUGUUGUUAUUAUAAAGUGAAUAAUCAAAAUUGGUAAACAUCUUUAUCCUAGUUAAAGUCGGUAUAAAAAACGUGUAUUGAUGCAGUACUUUUUUGAGAGAUCGUAUCAAAAACUUUUUUUUUUUUCCUGGAGCAAAGAUGGUUCUUUUAAGGCAGUUCCGAGAUUUAUAUAGCAUUAUAGUGUAGAAUGUAUGUAAACGAUAUUAAGAAGGGACGCUAAAAUGGAACAGACAAUUUACUGAUGAUAGCCAGGGACAGAAAUGUGUUUCGUAUGUGGAAUUAUAUAAUGGUAUUGGUAAAUUUUAAAGUAUGGUUAUUGCUAGUUGGGGGGGGGGGGGCCUUGAAUGGUAAACUGAAAUUCAGAAAUGAUUUAGAAAAGUCUUGGGUUCCAAAAUAAUGCGGAAGAUAAAAAGGACUGUCAAAAUUAAUGUAAAGAUUAUUAAGGCAUUGUAUAAAGUAGUAUGCUGGCAGAAUGAUAUGGAAUUAUUGGUGUUAUGGUAGCUUAUGUGGUAAUAAUAGUAAAAUAACAGGGCCCGAUUUCAUAGAGCUGCUUAAGCACACAAAUUUGCUAAGCACCAAUCAAUAUUUGCUAACUGGAAAAAGGAUACCGGCCAACAUACCAUGUUAUCUGCACAGUUUGUGACAGGUUUCUUGCUGGUAAGCAGGAAUUUUUGAAGCAAUAUUUUCUGCUUGAGCAACUCUAUGAAAUUGAGCUCAGGUCCCCUGAAGCUGUUAAGCAUGAAAGAUCUGCUAAGCAACAGCCAACAUGACAUGUGUGGCUUUAGCUGGGUGUGGCUUGAUAGGCAGCAACAGCCAACAUGACAUGUGUGGCUUUAGCUGGGUGUGGCUUGAUAGGCUUGCCACCCUGAAAACUUAAGCAAUGUUUUCUGCUUAGCAGCUUCCAGUGACAUUGGGGCGUGGUUGGUGGACUCAUUAUGGAAAGAAUGUUUAACCUCUUUUUAACUUCAGGAUCCUUAGGAUCUUUGAAUAAAUAUAACAAAAGAGACAAACUUAAAAGCAUUGUAAGUAAGACGCUACGUGUAACCAUUCAAGUUAAUUGCUCUUCUUUUUACAGUAAGUCGAAAUAUGCAUACAAAUAUUGUGCCGUUACCUGUUCCUUAAACAAAUAAACCGUAGUGAUUAAGAGAAUUCUUGAGGUUUUUAUGACACUUGUACCAAUGAUAUGGGGUUGUAACUUACAGUGAGGUAAAAACGUUUAUUAAUUAAAUAAUAAUUGGCUCUACUGCUAGUCUGGUUUGUAAUUUUUUCCCUCGCUGUUUUAAUGAAUGUACACUGUCAUCAGCAUAUCACACUACUGCUGUAUUCAAAAAGUGCUGACGUUUGAAACAUUAAAAGUGAUGGCUUUGCCGUUAAAAAAGAAA